AUGGAUCUGGUCCUGCGAUAUAAGCCCAAUGGUCGCUGUUCUUGUGACUUUAGAGGCCGAGGCCCUUUGUCACUUGCAGUUAUCGGCGGAAAUACUGCUAUAGUUGAGCGGAUUCUCCAGUCUCAGGAGAUUGAUGCAGGAACCAAUAUCAAUCACCAGAGCUCCUACGAUGAUGCGUCUCUCCUUUUGGCUGCGAAAAAGCUCAAUCAACAGCAAUGA